AUGGAAAAACGUAGUUUAAAGUCUCUAACUGUCGGUGAUAAAAUAAAAAUUAUUGAAGAAGUAAAAAAAGGAGUGAAACGCAAAAAAGAAAUCGCGAGUGAAUUCGGUAUUCCUGCUAGUACCUUAUCGACUAUAUUGAAGGAUAAAGAUAAAAUUUUCAAAGCAGUUGAAGAAGCCCCCUGCUUACCACGCCGGAAAAGAUUUAAAGCAUCAAGUUUCCCAGAAAUUGAGCAUGCUAUGACGGAAUGGAUAAAGCGAGUAAGAGAUUAUAAUUUACCUAUUUCAGGACCGUUAAUUCAAGAAAAAGCAGCAGAGUUCGCAAAAAAUUUAGGCCUCACAUUUCAAGCUAGUUCGGGUUGGCUGGAAAAAUUUAAAUUGAGGAACGGAAUAGUAGAAAAAAUCAUAUCAGGUGAGAAAUACGACUCUAAAGACAUUUUCAACGCAGAUGAAUUCGGUCUCUUUUUCAAGUGUACACCUGACAGAACUUUGACAUUUAAAGGAGAUACUUGUCACGGAGGAAAAAACAGUAAAGAACGUGUAACAGUCAUGGUAGGUGCUAAUAUGACUGGAACAGAAAAAUUAAAACUACUUGUAAUUGGAAAGUCAAAACAACCAAGGUGCUUCAAGAAAAAGAACGUGCAAUCGUUACCGGUCACAUACGCGUAUAACAAAAAAGCUUGGAUGUUAUCCACCAUUUAUGAAUCUUGGAUAUUUGAGUUAGAUAAAAGAUUUUUCAACGAUAAAAGAAAAGUGCUUCUCUUUGUCGAUAAUUGCCCUGCACAUCCAAAAACACUUUUGCAUGAACUAAAAGCAAUACGGGUAGUAUUUCUGCCACCAAACAUGACAUCUAAGUUACAGCCAAUGGAUCAAGGAAUCAUAAAAAACAUGAAGCAUCAUUAUCGAAAAAGUAUAAUGCAAAGAAAUUUGCGAAAAAUGGAUUCCGGACUUGAGAUAGAUGACAUAAAUCUUUUAGAAUCAAUUGAAUUACUGCAUAAAUCCUGGGGAGCAGUCACACAGUCCACGAUUGUAAAUUGUUUCCAUAAAGCUGGCUUUACAAACGAAAUCGAAGAAGUCGAACCAGUCGAAGAAGAAACUCCAAUUGAGUGGGAUCGAUACCAGCAGCUAUUUCCUGAGACUAAUACAGUUGAAUUCCAACAUUUUGUUGAGGUGGACUCUAGUGUUAUAACAACAUACUAUCCUACUGAUAAUGAAAUACUGAACGAUUUGAAAUUCCAAACGAGUCAAGCAUUAGAUAGUUUACAGGUUGUACGUAAGUACAUUCAAGAACAACAAGAAAUUGGAGACGAGAUUUUUUCCGCGCUAAACGUUAUUGAAAACUUUACAGAUAGGUCAAACAUUAAGAAACAAUCAAAAAUAUCUGAUUUCUUUAAAAAAUAG